AUGGCUGCGCCGGUGCUGGGCACCUCGGCUACAUCGCCUUCCAAGACGCCGAGAAAGGGCAUUCUGCAAGGACAGGGCAAAAGCCGCACUCGCCGGAACUCAGUGCUGCUGUGGCAGAAGGGCUUUGCCAAAGUCAAGAACGAGCUGGAAA